GGAAACACACAGGUUGAAAUGCUUCAGUGAACAAGAAUGUUGGAAAUUGUGACCACGGAGCCCUUUUUUGAACGGAAUGUUAAACUCACUGACUCUGGACAGAGGGAGGACGCCCCUGGGAUGACAAUGGAAUUGUUUCGAAGACUGGUGGAUAACAGUGAAGCAGUCAGUGAGGUGGAACAUGAUAUGACAGGAGAUAUAAAACUGGGCAAAUGGACUGAUCUCCAUCAGGCAGCUUAUAGUGGCAACACCAGCCUCAUGAAGACACUGCUACAGCAUGGAGCUCCAAUAGAUAGCAGGGAUGAAUAUGGGUGGACCGCUCUGCAUCAUGCAGCAUUCAAUGGCUGUCUGGCGUUGGUUAAGUUUCUUGUUCACCGGGGAGCACCAAUUGAUGCCAUGGACAGGCAUGACUGGACUGCUCUUCAUCGAGCUGCAUGGAAUGGGCACAGCCAGAUUGCUGAGUUCUUGCUGUGUCGUGGAGCUUUGACAAGUGCAUGUACCAGCUGCGGGAUGACAGCAUUGCAUUGUGCAGCUGCAAAUGGGCACACGUUGGCCCUGCAGCAUCUCCUGAGCUACGGUGCCAGCCAAGACAUGCCUGAUGCAAGAUGCUGGACUCCAUUGCACUGGGCAGCUGUGAGUGACCAAGCCCACAUAGUAGAAUUGCUACUUUCAAAUGGAGCUUCAGUCAAUUGUACAACAAGUGGCAACAUGACAGCUUUGCAUCUGGCAGUGGAAGUUGGAAACAGAGAAAUCAUUCAAUUGCUGCUAGACAAUGGAGCCUUGCACAAUGCUGAAGAUGCUGCAGGAAGGACUGCAUUAUCAAUUGCUGCUGCUAAUGGCCAUCAGGAGGUAAUCACAGAUUUACUUGCACAUGAGGCUGCAGACAGUAAUAGAGACUCUGCUCUCCAUGCUGCAGCACUGAGUGGUCACCUCCGAAUAAUAGAAGUGCUGACACAACGAGGGAUCAGUGUGGACGUUAGAGACAGCUUGAAGAUGACAGCACUUCACCGAGCAGCGGAGAGGGGAGACACUACAGUUGCAGAAUAUCUAAUAGACCACGGAGCUGACAUUGAGGCCAGGGGCUGGCUGCAGAAAACCCCACUCCACCUGGCCACAGAGAAAGGUCAUGAGCAGACCAUCCACCUCCUGCUGAGCAAAGGGGCGAAUGUGGAUGCUACAAAUCAAUGGGAUGAAACUCCUCUCGCCGUAGCAUCAGCACGAGCUUUGGAAAAGUGUUUUGGCUUAUCUGGAAAAAUCACUUCUGAAAUGCAGAAAUGACAUUACUUUCUGGUUUUAAAUUUAAAAUAAAGUCAUACCAUGUACGGUCACAAAAAUUACAAAUUACUCUACUAGGUACAAUGCUAUAUCCCUGCACACAAUCAUACUGUUCACUUGUGUACUCCACAGUAGCACAGAUUGCACACAGAUAUACCUUGUGUAAUGCACCAUUGUAUACAGCUACAAAGCUUCUACGCCUUUGGCCCUUGUAUCACAAUCCCCAAGUGUAACACGAUAUCAAAUGGUCUAAACUCACUGUG